UUUGUUUGUUUGUAUACAUUACAUUUAUUAUUUAUUAAAACUUAUUAAACCGAAAUUUCUAUACCUAAAUAUAAACCUGUAAAAGUAAUCUUUAUGCAAGUGCAUACUACUGCUCCAUUUGUUGUCUAGGAGAAUUGAAUAAAAACCAUUUAUGAAAUUCGUUAAUAAAUAAAUCAGAGCAAAACAUGGUUCGUUUAAAAAAUAGGUAUAUAGUUGGAAAAAUUAUUCCUGAGAAAGAUGAGAAAUCAGUUUCAUUUAAUGAAAAUUUAAUUACACAAAAUGUAUUAAGUCAAGUAGAAAAAAAUUAUGGAAUCUUUGGAAAAUCAGCAUUAGAAAAUGGUUUCAGAAUUAAAUAUUGUAAUGAUGAAACAAGAAUAGUUAUAAUAAGAUGUAGACAUGGUCCACAUAGAUUUGUUACAAGUAUUCUACCAUUAAUGUUGGUGUUUGGAAAUCAUCGAGCAAAAUUUAGUAUACUUUAUAUUGGAGCAACAAUAAUGCAAUGUAACAAGUUUAUUAUUAAAUAUCAAAGGAAUUAUUUGAAUCAAGUUGUUAGUGAAAUAAAAUCUGCAAAAGAGAGACAAGAUUUUAUUGAUAAUGUUAUGGAUUUUGAUUUGGAAUAAUAAUAUUGUUUUUAAAUAUAAAAAUUAAUAUUGUUUAGAUUUAGUAUAAAUAAAUAUGUAUUAGAA